GGGAGGUGGGACCGGCGGAGAGGGGCGGCCGUGGGGCCCGGCCGGGCUGGGGCGGGGGGCCGCAGCCAUGAUCCGGGCCUUCUCGUUCCCGGUGAGCCCGGAGCGGGGUCGGCUGCGGGGAUGGCUGGAAGGCAGCCUGGCCGGGCUCUGCGAGUUGCAUUGGCUCCGAGAGAGGCAGGAGUACCGCGUGCAGCAGGCGCUGCGGCUGGCCCAGCCCGGGAUGGGGGGCGCCGAGGCCGAGGACGAGGAGGACGCCGAGGAGGACGAGGAUGCGGCAGCGGCGCGCAGGGCCGCGGCGGCGCUGGAGGAGCAGCUGGAGGCCCUGCCUGGGCUCAUCUGGGACCUGGGUCAGCAGCUGGGAGACCUGAGUCUGGAGUCUGGGGGCCUGGACCAGGAGAGUGGGCGCAGCUCAGGCUUCUAUGAAGACCCCAGUUCUACAGGAGGCCCCGAUUCACCACCCUCUACCUUCUGUGGGGACAGUGGCUUCUCCGGAUCUGGCUCCUAUGGACGCCUGGGUCCCUCGGACCCCCGGGGCAUCUAUGCCAGCGAGAGACCCAAGUCCCUAGGUGACGCCAGUCCCAGCGCUCCGGAGUCGGUGGGCCCCCGGGCCGCGGUGCCUCGCUCCUUCUCAGCUCCCUACCCGACGGCGGCGGGCGCCGAGGCCUGCUCCUCCGCCGAGAGGCGUGCGCGAGCGGGGCCCUUCCUGACGCCCAGCCCGCUCUCGCCGUCCGCGCCCUCGCGCCGCCUACUGUACGGCUGCGCGGGCAGCGACUCCGAGUGCUCGGCGGUAGGGCGGCCAGUGCCGCUAGGCCGUCGGAUGCCGUCGGGGUGCGGCCCCGGAGGUUAUGGCGAGAGCGAGUCGAGCGCCAGCGAGGGCGAGUCACCCGCCUUCAGCUCUGCCUCCAGCGACUCCGACGGCAGCGGAGGCCUCGUGUGGCCUCAGCAGCUGGUGGCGGCCGCCGGAGCCUCGCCAUCGGGGCCCGGGGGUGCGGCGGGUGUUGCGACCCCCGCGGGCCCCGCCAAGGUCUUCGUGAAGAUCAAGGCAUCGCACGCGCUGAAGAAAAAGAUCCUGCGUUUCAGGUCCGGUUCUCUGAAGGUCAUGACGACUGUGUGAGUUGGGGGGGAUGGGCUCGGGAUCCACGUCCAUGGCCUCUGCACCCCCACACUUCUCAUCCUCGACCCCCCUCCACACCCACCUUCCAAAGACCACCGGUUUUCUCUGCUUCCAAAGACCCUCCUCACUCACCGCCCGCUGUCCAUAGCCGUCCUGGAGAGGCUGCCCCUCUCCCCCCAUUGAGAGGCGCUCAGAUUGUCCCAGUACAGCUGUUUUGCAAAUCCUUGAACCAGAAAGGGUCCCUCUGUGGGCCUCGCUCUCCCCAUCUGUACAAUGGAUGUCCAUGUAUGCAAAAGCAGUAAUUCCGUUCGGGUCCCCUCUCCCCCUGUUUUAGUUUAAAAGCUUAGUCUGCUCCCUCUCCAUUUCUCUCAUAGAGCUUUCUCAUUCCUCUUUUCCUUGCCCAGAUUGGGCUCCCUUCUCAUUCACAAAGUGCCCCCUCCAUGUCCCUGGACCCUUAGGAUAUCCCCUGGGGCCCCCGGGUCAGAGACUCUGACUCAGGUUAUGCCUGCAGAGUGCCCCGGAAGAAGUGGCACUCACGUCUUAGGGCCUUUGAGGGUCACGUAGGAGUUGCCAACACCUGGAAAGGACUCGCUCUUUCUGCUCCAUCCCUGGACGAUUAUGGAGGACUGGGAGGUUAGAGAGAGGAAGAUGGUUUCAAUCUCGUGCCUCUCCCCACCGGGAGUGGGGGAAGCUCAGUGACCCUCAGCUGUUCCAAUCCAGUGGGUUUUUUUAUUUUUUAUUUUGAUUUAAAAAAAAAAUUACUGUAUUUAUUAUGACAAUGGUGACUCCCCGGUGCAUGGGGGGCCAGAUUCUGUGUGUUUCUCUAACCUCUUUGUAAAUAAAUGCACAGUGUUACAUA